GCUGGGGGGCUUGGGGUGGAUGCCUUCUGCUAGCCCUUAGAGCACUGUGGGGCUGAUUUGGGCUGGGCUCCCACAUGGAAUGAGCAGGUAGGAGCAAUCCCACAGCACAGAGCCAGGCACAUCCCAAGCUCUGGAGCUUCCAUGCACCACUGAAGCUCUGUGCCACAGGUCUGUGCUGCAGGGGCAGUGUGGGCAGCGGGGGGCUCGGCGGUGGCAGGAUUGUGGCAGUGUGGCAGGAGCCCUCAGCAGGUGCACAGCUGGACCUGAGGGGCCAUGAACCAGUCCAUGCCCACGGUGUGGGCUCCCUGUGCUGCUGACUGAGGGGCGCAGAGUCUCCAGAGGAUGAGGUGUCCUUCUGUAUCCCUGUACUUGCUAUCCCUGCUCUGUGCCAGCAGCGGGAGUCUGGAUCACUGCUUGAGGGCACCUCAGUGUGCCCCUUUUAAUCAUUGACCACAUUCCCUCAGCAGUCAGGAGACGUGACUCCAGCGCCUUCCCUGCUGCCAUGGAGGAGCCACGGUCACCCGCAAGGCUUGGGUGCAGCCACUGUGACCAGGCUCAGUGGUGGUGGGAACAGCUCCCAAGGGAUGGAGCAGAGACGAGCCUUUGGGGUCUGGUUUGGGGCUGCUGUUCCCAUAUGCUCAGCCAGGACACUCCCUGGCCAUGGGGACAGCUGGCAGACCCCUGUACUCCCCACAGCCAUCCUCAGCCUCUGCUGAAGAAGCACCUGGCAGAGCCAGGGUGGGGACACCAAUAUCCCGAAUGGGACUGGUGCCAAAGCAUUCCUGUCUCCCAGAAGGUGAUGCCAACUGCGUGGGCUGGAGCUGCUGGCACUGCUGCCAGCUUGCUCAGUCCCUCUCCAGGUGCUCCAGCUGGCUGGGGGCAGCUUCAGCUGGAUUGUCCCCUCAGCAGCCAGCUGGGCACCUUGGAGCUGAGGCACAACUGUGGGCAAAACCACUGGUGCCCACACUGUUCCUGACAGCUCUCAGCUUCCCCUGUGGUUUUCCCCUUGUCUCCUCCCAUGAGCCUUCCAUUUCUGGGCUCCCAUCUGCAGUCAUCCAGCUGAUCUUGUGCGUUCUGGCUGCUGGCAUCCACCCUCGCAGCCUCCCAGUGCUGGCUGCUCACUGCCAGGUCACCCCAUGCUGGGGUCACCCCAUUCUGGGGCAGAGUUGUCACAGGGUCAGACCAGGACAAUGAUGCUCAAAGACAGCACCAGCACAGGGCCACAGCCAAGUCACAGUGGGACACACCUGUGACCCUGGGUGGGCAGUGUGGGACUGGCAGCAGUGCUGCUGCUCUAGAGAAGCUGCUGCUGGGUCCAGGUGGGCUCUGUCCCUGUGCAGCACAGGUAGGGAUGGUGCAGGUCCCUCCUCUCUGUCCUGGUGGGCAGUGUGCUCACCUCCCAGAUGUUACCACCCCUAUCCCACCCUCGCUGACACAGCACUACUCUCUGGCCCUACUGCAGGAGCCGCUGGGCUGCAAGAUGAUUGUUUUCAUUCCUGGCAUCCCAAUAUUGGCCCUGAGCCCACUGUGAGCGCAUCCCUGCCAGCCUGAGCGUGGCCAGGUCCCAGCAGUUCCUCAGCGGGCCCCCAUCCUGGAGGGUGCAGGGAAAACUGGUGCCUUGAUGACCUCCCUGCCACCCCAGGCCUCUGCCCAUGUGUCACUCCCACUGCCGACAGUGGUGACACGAGGUGCGGCAGUGGGGCAGGCGGCUGAGCACCGGCUCCUGUUCCUGCAUAAACACCCGGCAGGGAGGGGACCACAGGCAAAGGCAAACAGUUACUGAUUUACUGCCACGCCAUCCUGCCACAUUGUUGACUGUGGGGUUAAAUUACCUGGAGACGGACCCCGGCAGAGCAGACGCCAGCUCGUGACUCAGGCAGGGAUCAUGUCCUAGCCCCAUGCACCCUUGGCCCUUGGGCAACUUUGCAAGAUGCCCGGGGCUGGGGCUGCCUCUGCCAGCAGCAAGGGCACAUCACCAGGAACAGGGCAGGUUUCAUCCUCCUGCAGGAGGCUGUGGAGGAGAUGGGCACUGGCAGAGUGGGAAAUGCUGAUGUGAGCAGGGCAGCCAUGCCAGGUGGACAAGCUGGGCCCAUUCAAACCAUCCCAAGCUUGACAUUGCCAGGGGCAGUGAAGUGACCUGACCCGCCAGACAUGCCAUGGGAAGGGUUUCCUGGACAGGCUGAAGGGACUGGGGUCACACAGCAUGCCCUGAGCACUGGGAGUGCAUGCCAAUGACCCACUCCCUGAUAGCCACUUGCACAAAUGGUGCUGUCGGAUGGUCCAUCCUCAUCCCCGGUGCUGUGGGAGGCUGUGAGGAUGGCAGGGUCCGUGGGACAGGGCUGCAGCCGGGCAGGAGCUCCCGUGGCUGCGGGGAGGUGCAGGGCAGCCCUGGGGCAGGUGCCUGCCCAAGGCACAGGCAGCCUGGAGGACCCUUCAGGAGCAAGAGCUGGAGAACAGGAGCAGGAGCUGGGUGAGCAGCAGCAGAGCCACAGCCCUGUCUGCAUUGCUGGUUCCUCGUGGCAUCAGCGACCCAGGCCAGGGGCUCCAUUCGAGCUCAUGUCUGUGGCCAGGGCAGCACAGCGUGAGCCUGAGCAGGGACGGGUCAUGCCCCAUCCCCGGUGCCCUGGUGCCCGCUUCAUCCCCGCGGCCGAUGGCCACCCCGGUGGGCUCCGAGCGCGGCCCUGGGGGUCCGGCGUGCGGGGCCGUGGCCGGGGGUGGCUGGCUGCUGUUCCUGCCGGGCGAGUUCUCAGCAUGGCCGCCCAGUCUUCUCGAGGCUCCCCCUCCCUGGUCGGCAGCCAGCAGCAGCAGAUACCUGAUACUCGGGUUGUGCAAGCGCGAAGGGGGAGCCUGGCCCUGCCCGGCCCUUGGGAGCCACCCGGAAGGCCGAGCCCGCCGGCCCCACCUGGAGAGGAGCUUAAAGGCCGGCCGGGCGGCCAGAGCGCAGCCGGUUCCUGCACCAUGCCCACGGCCCGCAGCGUCCUCAUCUUGGCGGGGUUCCUGGCUCUCUGGGCAGAGCUGCCGGCAGCAUCCGCCCAGAAUGACACCACGAAAGCCGGCGUGUGCCCGAGCCCGGCGACGGAUGCGGUGAACUGCACAGUCGGGUGCCAGUCCGAUGGCGACUGCGAGAGCACCCUCAAGUGCUGCCCGGCAGCCUGCGGCAAGGCCUGCCAGAAGCCUGACGAGAAGCCUGGCACCUGCCCACCCGUCAACCCGGGCAUCCCCAUGCUGGGCGUCUGCACCAACCAGUGCAAGACUGACGCCAACUGCUCCGGGAUCCAGAAGUGUUGCAGGAAUGGCUGCGGCAAGGUCUCCUGUGUGACACCCAUCCACUGAGGUGCAUCCACCUCCUGCCAGCCCAGCCAUGGAGAAGCUGCUGCCCAAUGCCCAUCCUGAUGCCCUGGCCCUGCACCAUCACCCCCCAUCUUGGAGCCUUCAGCCUCAGUUUUGUCCCUGGGGUUCUCUGCUCGGGGUGAGCCCCCUGCAUUCUGCACCAAUAAAGCAGCUUCUCCCUGUCA